AUGAGUCUUCAUCCCAGUGGCGGGACAUCCAGAGCUGAACCAAUUGAGCCCCCCGACAGCCCGCAGAAGUCUUUCGUCGGUGGCGUCUUCGCGCGCACCGUCAAGGACGCGGUUAUCAUCCCAAAGCUCAUCGCUCUUAUGGUCCGUGAGAGGAAGGAAAUUCGCGCCGAAGAGGCUAAAGCCAAUAAGGAGACCGAGAGGUCGAGACUAAUUCAAAUGAAAGCCGGAGACGGCCCCUUCAAACACUUUAUCCGCGUCACCACCGGUCGGCAUCCCUUCCACGGAGGCAGGCUGUUGUCGUUUGGCACCAGCACAUUAGAUGAUAUCUUUGUAGAACCACGCGAAGGCACGGCCGCCGCGAAAGCCAAUCACAAGGAUACCCUAUGCUUUCUUUACAUUGACCCCGAGGAUGGGGAGCUCAUAUUCGCCAACUUAUCCAGAGACGAAGAAGUAGCCUACCCAUCCCCCGACGGGAAGGUGUGGGUCGCCACCACCGCAUACGAGACGGUUGCGGCGCUACCAAGUCAAAUUCCCUUUCUACACGUUUUAAAACGGGGUGGGGCUGUCAAGGAUAUAAUGCUCAGAAUUGGCGACUACGAGUUUCAUUUUUGGUGGGGCGAAAUACACGCGGGCGCGCCCCCCAAAAAUACACCAGAACAUGCGACACUGGCUAAGUCUCUUCGGAUCGUAACGGCCCAAAACCUGGAAGCCGAGGAGGUCGGUUACGGGUAUCGGAGAGAGUGGGCUCGCGGCUUCAGGGACAAGGACAAGAACUGCACUGCCCUUGUCGACGGGAAGCUGGGCGCUGGGGAUAUCCUAUCGCUCGGCAAGAACCCGGCCAACUGGCGCAAGAUGCCUAGCUUUGGCGUCCAAGUCAGCUGCGGUCUCAUUUUAGGACAUGAAAAUAUAAUCAACUUCAGGAGGAUCGAAAUCGACAACUCGGCCGACGGAGUGUGCCAGAUGUUGACUAGGGAAUACGGCGGAGACCUGUUGUCAUUAAUACCCGACGCCGUGUUGCAUAGCAAAGGAGGAGACGAAAACAGGUGCACACACCCGGUAAUCAAAGAGCCCGACUUUAUGUUAGGGCUCUUACGUGACGUAUUUGACGGUGUUAAGUACUUGCAGUCGCAAGAUAUCGCGCACUUGAGCUUGAAGGCAUCGCACGUACUAUGGGAGUACCGAUAUUGCCUAGACGAAAGCAAGACACGGUUGGUAAUGAGGCGCUCCUUUGUUAUAUCGGGCUUUGGAAAGGCCACAAAACUUGGGCUUGACCCCGGAAAGCCGGACUUGGCCGUCGUGGACCAGCACGUCGAGCUCGCCUACUACCUCCCACCAGAAAUCAUGGCGAAGAGAAGCGGGAAAAAUGAAGGAAAGGCCUUUUUACACUCCGACAUGUGGUCGAUCGGUAUACUCGUGCUCGAGGUUUUGGGCUACAUCUGUCCCAAGGAGACUAGCCUGUCGGACAAGGACUGGGAAACCAAGAUCAAGCACCUUCUCGCCCAUUUUGGGCACCACGAUUACUCGGCAAUCCCAUAUGAAUUCGUCAACGGAGAGAGACUCGGGGUCAUCGAGGGGUCGCCUGAGUACGCCAUGGAGAUCCACAGGGCACUGGGUCAUUGGAUUCAUUGGAUAGUCCUGCUCGGGCAGUACGGGACCAAAAGUGUGAAAGUGAAACUCCCCGACCUCGUCCCCGGAAUUUGCGCCUUUGUGCUGCGCAAAAUCCCCAGCUGGCGAGAAGAUAUAACGAUAUGCAGUGAAAUUCUUCAUGCUGACGACUCGGCCACAUUCGUUUCACUGCCAACGACCUCCAAGAAGUCUAGCGCCGCGGCGUCCUCGGCAACUUCUGGACAGUCCUCGUCAUACGCGUCGUCAGCCUCGUCAGUGGCCUAG